AUGGCAGAGAAAUAAGAGAUGCUUAUUAAGGCAGAUGUAGAAGCUGAUUAACCCACUAAAGUCAAAGUAGAAGCUGAUUAACCCUAGGAAAAGGGUAUCAUUGCAGGGAUAAAAAAGUUAAGGGGGUAGAUAUACAUGCUUUUUGCGACACUAUUAAGUUCAGCUGUAUUCUUGUAGACUAAGCUCCUAUUUAAGGACUCUGCAAUUACACCAUACGAAAUUAAUUACUGGGUCGGCAUACUAUUAAUGAUUGUCUAGUAUUUUGCAUUGAGAAUCAAAGGAGUCGACAUAUUUUACAUUCCGAAGGAGUGCAGGACUGCUAUUAUCAUUAGAACAGUGCUGGGUUAUGUUUCAAAUGGAUGUAUGUAUGCAGGCCUUAAGACAUUGUCUCUCUCCAAAGUGACGCUAUUGUUUUGGACAUAACCUGUAUUUGUGGGUAUUUUAGGAUGGUAUAUAUUGGGCGAGAGAUUCACAAAGUUUGAUGUAUUAGGAAUUCUGUUGGUGUUUAAUGGAGUUAUUUUGAUUGCAAAUCCAUUUGAAGAAAGUGUAGAUUAUAAACAGUACCCAUACGAGACCAUUGGCAGUAUUUUCACUUUAUUUGGAGCGGUAACAUCAGCAGGUGCUAUGAUAUCGAUAAGAAGUCUUGGUGGAAAGGUAGAUUCCUUGCUCAUGACAAUGUAUUGGGCUAUGGGGAAUGCUUUGUUUUCGCCUUUGAAUCUUGGAAUUAAAAUUGCUAAUGAGGAAAUGACCACUGAAUAUGGUUGGUUUGAAAUUUUUAGAGUAUUGUGCAUAUUAAUCAGUAUGUUCGGCUACAUGCAAAUGCAAACACUCGCCUAUGUUAGUGAUAAAGCAGUAAGAGUUGCACCAGUUGCAACUUUUGUGUUGAUUCUUAACUGUAUGGCAGAUAUGAUUAUCCUUGGCACAAAGCCAAGUUUAAUGCAGAUAAUGGGAGGAAUUUUGAUUAUAAGUACUAAUUUUGGAUUAAGCACACUUAAGUGUAUUGGAGUCAUUUGA